UUUUCUUUUUUUUUUUUUUUUUUUUUCGAUAUUGCUUACUAUAUCGCUCUUUUCUCCCUGCAUCUCGGUAAUGUUGUCCGAUAAAAGCGACUUGCAUAAUGCCCGGUUCCCACACACGAAAUGAGAUGUCCCAAAUGUUACGAGUCUGACCGAGUUUGCUGCUUUACUUACGAUGAGCUCUGGCGUUUGGAGUUUUAAUGGGAUACAGGCGGUUCUUACGAUUCAGGGCCUGGGUGGAUUACUCUAGGGGAGUUGCUUAUUACUGGCUGGCUGUAUUAAUAGAUGUUGGAGGUCGAUGUACCGGCCUUGCAUUGCUCUGGGGCAUCUGGUUGGUCACUCGUUGGCCUCGAGGGGCAUUGAUAUUACGAUCAGGUGUAAUAAUACCUUAAGGUGUAGCAAAAAUGGAAAAUGCCUGGCAAAUUGCAUGAUCUUUCGUAGACCGUGCCAUACUUAGAGUAAAGCAUUUCCCUCGCCACAAAUAAUAAUAAGCUCUGGAUCUGCAUAGACUUUUCCCCCAGGCUAUGAUCGAUCGGGCCACAUAUUACAUCAGACCUGCAAAUCCUUUUGAUGAUGGCAAUUAGGGGCAGGAACGGAUUCUAUCUCCGGAUGCCUGUAACUGGUGACCCGUGAACCAUCGUUGAAAUAAAAUUAAAUCCCUGAGAGGGCUGAACUGUACCAUGAACAUUUGCUAAACUUUCCCUUUUUUUUUUUUGUUCCAUUGGCGGAUAUCUUUCCUCCUAUCAAGCGGUCUUUAUCCGCUUCUCUUUUUCGCGUUAUCGAAGGUACUCUGUAAAGUUAGGCGUCCCUGUUCUAGUGAGUUGCAUAACGUCAAUUUUUACGUCAGUUAGUCACAUCAAGCUUUUCCUUUUCCAAAGGGCAGAUGACAAAGGGCAAAAUUAGGGUUGACUUGGUUUUACUGAAAAUUUUAUAGGUACUUAGUAUGUCCUAGGUAUUAGGUAUUAGUUACUGCUGGGGGGAGAGGGG